AUGUUUACCACAUUAUGUGAGUUGAAGAAGCUAUCGGAAGAAAGUCUCACGCGGCAGCCCGAGGAGGUGUUUGAUAUCAUCUGUAAGCUUGGCGAGGGAUCAUAUGGCAGCGUAUACAAGGCACUACACAAAGAGAGCGGGCAGGUGCUCGCGAUCAAGCAAGUGCCGGUGGACACGGACCUGCAGGAGAUCAUCAAGGAGAUCUCCAUCAUGCAACAGUGCGACAGCCCCUACGUAGUCAAAUACUACGGCAGUUACUUCAAAAACACGGACCUAUGGAUUGUAAUGGAAUACUGUGGUGCGGGCUCAGUGUCAGAUAUAAUGAGGUUAAGGAAGAAGACACUAUCGGAAGACGAGAUCGCGACGAUUCUUAUAGAUACGCUCAAAGGCCUGGAGUACCUGCACCGGCGGAGAAAGAUCCACAGGGACAUCAAGGCCGGGAACAUAUUGCUCAAUACAGAAGGUCACGCUAAACUGGCCGAUUUUGGUGUAGCGGGACAGUUGACGGACACGAUGGCGAAGCGCAACACGGUGAUCGGCACCCCGUUCUGGAUGGCGCCCGAGGUGAUCCAGGAGAUCGGCUACGACUGCGUGGCUGACAUCUGGUCGCUGGGCAUCACCGCACUGGAGAUGGCGGAGGGCAAGCCCCCCUACGGCGACAUACACCCAAUGCGCGCCAUCUUCAUGAUCCCUACCAAGCCGCCGCCCUCCUUCAGAGAGCCCGACCAAUGGUCCCCGGAGUUCAUAGACUUUGUGAGCCAAUGCCUCGUCAAAAACCCUGAAGAGAGGGCCACAGCUGAGUACCUGUUGACACACGAAUUUAUAGGCAAUGCGAAGCACCCCAGUAUACUAAGCACAAUGAUUGCGGAGGCGCGAGAGAUUCGUGAAAGCCAAGCCUUCAGGAACGCGCAGCAGAACAGUAAUAAUGCCAAGACCUUUGGAGCGGGCGACGGUUACAACGACGCGACGAUGAAGCAACGCGACGCCGGCACGCUAGUACCGAACCGGGACGGAACUGCCACGGCUGAGCUGGUAGCUGAUUUGGGCACCAUGGUCAUCAACGAGCCGGACCUCGCCACCAUGAAAAGGCACGACACGGACCCGAUGGACACUAACCGGCCGAAGUACCGGCCAUUGUUCCUGGAACACUUUGACAAGAAGCAGCUGGGACCCACCGCCAAUGGCACGCUGACCGCCGACGACAGGGGGGCGGAGGCGGUGUCGGUGGGCGCUGGUAUCGGCGGGGGCGGCGCGGGCGCGGGGGGUGCGGGAGCUGAGGCGGGCGCACUGCAGCGCGCGCUACUGGAGGAGGGCAACUUCGAAUUCUAUGAGAGCAAAAUUGACUUUGAUCUUGUCUGA